AUGAUUUUAAUGGUACAUGAAUUCUAUUUUAUUGCUAUUAUCAAGUCUAUUAUUAAAAUAACUUUUAAAAAUAUCUUUUGCCAAAGUUUUUUGGAGCUAACAAAUCUCAAUUUAAGUAAAAUCAACUCAGAAAAAGAAGAGAUUUAUAAAAGAGAAUUUGAAGGAGGUUCCAAAAAGUAUAAAUUUAAGCCUAUUUCAAGGAUUACCAAAGAAGAGCUUUUUGAAUAUUGGUCUAUUACCUUAAUGUUAGAUUUGGGUAUUUUUAAAACAAUUAUGGAAAUUAAAAACCAUAGUAAUACAAAAAGGAAAAGAAACAGAUUUUUUUUGGUUCAAUCAACAACCAAAUUUACAGACGAUCAAAUUAAAAGAAUUGCAGUCUGUAAAAUUGAUGAAAGAGACGAAAAAGUUCCUACAUUUAAAUCAAUUGCAACAACUGGUUUUAAAAUUCAAAAUCUUGAAGUUAAUCCAAGUAAAGGUUAUAAUAUUAGUGAUGCAGUGGAUCUUUAUAAACUAAAUGAUUCAGCUUUAAAGAAAUUAUGUUUAGGUUUAGGAGUUUCAAGAUCAAGUAGUAACAGGAGAAUGGUUAUAUCAAUUUGUGAAGCAAUUCAAAAAGAUACUUUAAAAUCAUGUUCAUUGGUUAAACUCAAAAACUUGAAUCAAGAUUUUAAUUUACCAGCUCCUGCCCAGUUAACAUGUGAAGGUUACAUUUUAGCUCUUACCAGACUUUAUGAAAAUGAAAACUUUGAAUUAGAUUCACUUUUAAUAGACCUUUCCCAAUCUCUAAGAACGUCUCCUCCAUUAGUAUCAGAUUUUUAUAAAAAAUCGCUCGAUGUAAUAGAUAUUCACUACAGAUAUCUAUAUUCAGGUGGUAUUCAUGGAUAUGUUAAAAAUUGGAGGAUAUUUGCUGUUUCAUGUUUAAUCAAGUCUUAUAUCAUCAAUAUCUAUUCAUUUUAUAUGUCAACUACAUCAAAACACAUGAAGUUUGAAGAAUUUAAACAAAUUUUCAUACACAGCAUCAGAGAAGUUAAUUUAGUCCCAAAAAGUCCAUCCUCAAAUCAAAAUCAAAAUCAAAAUUAA